AUGAGUGAUGCAGAAUAUCAUGAGAAUUUGAAAAAUCUUGAUGUUGGUCACUCACGUCAAAACAGGAAACGCAAAAGUGAAAACAAAAUCAAAUUAGAAAACAUCACAAACGAAUAUUUUAAUGGAGAAACUUCAGCCAGAUCAGAAGUUUCUAAAUCAUUCGAUGAUUUAACAUUCAUUCCUGGUUCAGAAAACAGACCAGCUAUUGUUUUCCCAGAUGGCCACAUUUUCUUGGAAACAUUUUCACCAUUUUACUCAAAAACAGUAGAUUUUAUCAUUGCUAUUGCCGAGCCAUGUUCCAGACCAAAAUACAUGCAAGAAUAUCAAAUCAGCCCUUAUUCACUCUUCGCUGCUGUUUCAAUUGGUUUAACCGGUGAUAAAAUUGUCCAUGUUUUAUCUUUAAUCAGCAAAACAGCACUCACAGACACUUUCAAAGAGCACAUCAUUAAUUGCUGCCAAGCAGUUGGCAAAUUAAAACUUGUUCUUAAGGAACAAAAGUACUACAUUGAAUCAAUCGAAGAAAAAUUAAUCAGCGAGCUUAUCAAGGAGAGAUUCUUUGCAGAAAAGAUCGUUUCGCCACCUUCUGGCGUAAUGACUCAUCCAAAGUACCCAAAGAUCAUGAUUGUCGACGAAAAAGAAGCAGAUACUAUCAUUUCCGGUGUCGGUCAGGCCGCAUACUACGGUUCCGUUCAAAGACUUACAGAAGGAUUCGAUGAAAUUUUUGAAGUCGAAAAGCCGAAGAUAUAUCGCUUUGAGCUUAAGCCAGAAACAGUCAGAGAUGUUAGGAAGCACGCUGUUGAUAAUAACUUGUUCCUUUCUGAUGAAUAUGACUUCAUGAAUGACAAAUCUCUCAAAAACCUCAAUAUUCGGCUCCGUACAGAAACAAACAUUCGUCCUUACCAAGAGAAAGCUCUUUCUAAGAUGUUCUCUGGUGGCCGUGCAAAAUCUGGAAUCAUUGUCCUUCCUUGCGGCGCUGGCAAGACACUUGUUGGUAUCACAGCAGUUGCUACUAUCAACAAACCAGCUGUUGUCGUCUGCAACUCCGUAGAACCAGUUAAACAAUGGGCCAACCAAUUUAAUCUCUGGACAAACGUUCCAGGCGGUGUCGUCGUAGUCCUUACCUCCGAAAACAAGCAAGCACUACCUGAUAAGCCAUGCAUUCUGGUCACUACUUAUGGUAUGUUGACAAGCAGUGCGAGAAGAUCAGCAGAAUCCCAAAAAGUCAUCGACCAAAUUACCGGUAGAGACUGGGGAAUCUUGGUUAUGGACGAAGUUCAAGAAGCCGCCGCUGAAAAAUUCCGAAAUGUUACAGAUAUGGUCAAAGCGCACACCAGAUUGGGCCUUACAGCUACAAUGGUCAGAGAGGAUGGAAAGAUCGACGAUCUGAAGUACUUGGUCGGUCCAAAACUUUACGAAGCAAAUUGGAUCGAAUUAUCCGAAAGCGGCUACUUAGCUCGCGUCAAAUGCUUCGAAAUCCUUGUUACAAUGUCACAGGAAUUCUACAAGAAAUAUUUGACUUUGGACAAAGAUCCAAUCAAAAGAAGAGUAUUAGCUGCUUCCAACCCUAACAAGAUUGAUGUUCUCGAAUCAUUACUACAAUACCAUGAAGCAAGAGGCGAUAAGAUUCUUGUUUUCUGCGAUUAUCUUCAAAUUAUUGAAAAACUUGCUAGAAGAUUAGACAGACCACAUCUUCAUGGUGGAAUUUCAAACAACGAAAGAACAAAACUAUUCAACAAGUUCAAAACAACAAAGAAAGUCAAUACGAUUAUUUUAUCUAAAAUUGGUGACAAAGCCAUCGACUUACCAUCAGCGAACGUUCUUAUACAGCUCUGCUCCCACUUCGGAGCAAGAAUGCAGGAAAGCCAAAGACUUGGCAGAGUUUUGAGGCCAAAACCAGGAAGAACAGACGAAUACAACGCUUUCUUCUACACAUUGGUAUCUCAGGACACAGAAGAGAUCUAUUACUCGGCCAAAAGACAGCAGUUCUUGGUCGAUCAAGGCUAUUCUUACGAACCAGUCGUAAACGCAAUGGAGAGGUGGCCAAACUCUGCACCAUUGUCUCUUGAUACUCAAGAGAAGAGAGAAGACUGGCUCAGACAGAUGAUGGACACUGAUGAUUCUCUCGGAUUGGAUGCUGAUGCAACUGUUCCUGAUGAGGAUCGAUCAUUUGAUGUUCCUCAGGGUGGUGGACAAAGAAACCAAUUUAAAGCUAUUGUUAAAUAA